AUGGCUGAUAACACACAAGCCUUAGUCUCUUCUUCUUCAUCUUCUUCUCAAGCUUCUGCUUUUACCUAUCCGAAUGUUCAGCAAAUUCAAAAGCAAUUGAAACAUCUCUCUAAGGGCAAUGAAUCUGUUGAUGAUUACAUGCAUUGCGCUAAGUCACUCUUUGAUCAAUUGGCCACUCUACACUGUCCUAUGCCCGAGGACAUGCUUGUUAAUGAUAUCUUGGAUGGACUUGGCCUUGAUUUUCGUCCAUUUUCAAGAGCAAUUGAAGCCUCUUUUAAAUCUUCUAGCAAUCCUAGCAAUUCUAAUCGUUGUUUAGGAUAUGGCCGUGGUGGCCAUGGUCGAGGGUGUUUCUCUAAUACUUUCUCACAACAUUUUUCCAUUAGUCCUACAACUGUUUGCUACAAUUGUAAUGGCAAUGGUCAUUUGGCUAGACAAUGUCCUACUCCCAAGAAGUCAUCUACACCACAUACCUCAUCCAAUCGUCCUAAGCCUAUGUCCAAUUUUGCAACAAGCAGCAAUGACCCACCGCAGCAAUGGACUAUUAAUUCUGGUGCUAAUUUUCACAUGACUAUUGAUCGUGGAUAUCCACACGAAAUGGGUACUGUAUCAAGCAAGACUCAUAAGUUGCCAUUUGUGGAUUCUCAUUCUCCCGUUUCUAGACCUUUAGAAUUAAUUUGCUUUGAUGUUUGGGGACCUUCUCCUAUUGCUUCUUCACGUGAAGUUGAGCCAAAUUCUACAUCUAUAAUGCCAUGGGUCCCUGCUCCACUACCACCUCCCAAUAUUUCUCCUGACACUAAUCAUGUUAACUUGUCAAAUCCAUCCCAACCAAGUCUUAUUGGCUUGCCACCUAUACCUUCCAUGCAUGUUUCUCAUGGUCAUCACAUGACUUUAAUACUUAGUCAAUCACCAAACACCUUAACCACUCUGACUUCUCCUCUUGUCCUCAUCCAAUCCAAUAAGCAACACGUCUCCAACUCCACUACACCAUCCCACUUAAACAAGCAACACCUAUCUAUCCCUCAUCCAUCUAUCCCAUCUUCACCGCCUAGUUUAUCAACAACAACUCACCCAACCUCCGCUCCACCACCUUCUUCCCUAUCACCCAACACCACUUCAACUCUUGACCCAAUGUCCUCUUCCCCAACCCUUAUUACCCAACGUAGCCACCUCCUAUCACCGUCAACCGAAGAUAGCUUAUUAAUUGUUGUUGACUCAUCCUCUUGCUAA